CAGCGCCACACCUGAUACGUCCCGUUAUUUAGGGCAGUGUUUCCCAGGCGUGCUCCUGGAGUGCGCAUGCGCAGCACAGGGUCGUUUUCCUCAGCUCUAAUACGAGCAUUUGGACUUCAUGAAGGCUUGUUAAUGAUUCCAGGUCUUUAUGGUAGUUAUACAUGCAACAACUAAGACGGCAUAUUGGAGCAGUUAAAAUAGUACUGGCUAGAUCACAGAUUCCCAUCCGCGGUCCUGCAUCCUGCCCGGCACAGUUUAGGGGUUUCCUUGCUCUCCGUCGCCCUCUCCGGAAAGACUGUUUAUUAGCUAAUUAAUGGGAUCAGGGUGAACGCAAAUGCAAGGGGUACUCCAGGACCAGGGAUGGGAACCUAUGUUUAAAAAUAAUAUAUUGUGUCUUAAGUAUUAGGGAAACCAGUAAUCUGUGUAGGAGAUGGGGUAAUCCAGGACCAAGGUUGGGAACCUGUGUGCUGUUAAUACAGAUCCACUAAUUGUUAAUUGGACAGCGGUUUAAAAUGCAGCCUAAAAGGUGUCAUUAGUGCACGCACUCAGGUAGAUGGGUGUGUCCCUCUCUAGCGCUCUUUUGACCAACUGGCAAAUCAGCGCAAUUGUAAGCGCACCUGAGAUGCAUUAUAGUGCUGUAUUUAACUGAAGCUUUAGCUGCGCUCUGUUUAAACCUUUUUGUGCUCUUUAAGUAAAGGUUCCUCGAGCUUCACGGUUUAAUUUGCGCUAGGAUUUUCCCCUCUCUAGGAACUGAAUAAACUCCGACAUGGGGAGAGAGAAGAUACACAUCAACCUUGUGAUCAUUGGCCAUGUUGACAGUGGGAAAUCGACUACUACGGGCCAUCUUGUUUAUAAAUGCGGUGGUGUUGACCCAAGAACCCUGGAGAAGUAUGAGAAAGCUGCAGCCCAGAUGGGGAAAGGUUCCUUCAAGUAUGCAUGGGUUCUUGACAAGCUGAAGGCAGAAAGAGAGCGUGGCAUCACCAUUGAUAUUUCCUUGUUGAAGUUCAACACUCAGAAGUAUGUGUUCACUAUAAUUGAUGCACCUGGUCACCGGGACUUCAUUAAGAACAUGAUUACAGGAACUUCUCAGGCUGAUGCUGCUCUGCUGGUUGUCUCUGCAGCAAAGGGUGAGUUUGAGGCAGGCAUAUCCCGCAAUGGGCAGACAAGGGAGCAUGUCUUGCUGGCUUACACACUCGGAGUCAAGCAGCUUGUAGUCUGUGUCAACAAAAUGGACCUCACUGAGCCACCUUUCAGCCAGAAACGCUAUGAGGAGGUAGUGAAAAAUGUAACUGUUUUUAUCAAGAAGAUUGGUUAUGACCCAACUGCAGUGCCCUUUGUACCCUUAUCUGGCUGGUGUGGUGACAACAUGCUUGCACCUUCACAGAAGAUGUCUUGGUUUAAAGGCUGGAAGAUCAAGAGAAAGGAUGGCUUUUCAAGUGGCAAGACACUGUUAGAAGUGCUUGACUCAUUGUACCCACCAGUGCGCACUGCCAGCAAGCCUCUUCGUCUACCACUUCAGGAUGUCUACAAAAUUGGGGGAGUUGGCACAGUUCCUGUGGGCAAAAUUGAAACUGGGAUUCUGAAGCCUGGGAUGGUUCUGACCUUCUCACCAGCUAAGCUGACUGCAGAGGUUAAAUCCAUUGAGAUGCAUCACCAGGGGCUGCAGACGGCCCUGCCUGGCCAUAAUGUGGGCUUCAACAUCAAGAAUGUGGCAGUCAAGAACUUGAGACGUGGAGAUGUUGCUGGUAAUGCCCAGCAAGACCCACCAUCUGAUGUCAAUAGCUUUAUUGCUCAGGUUAUUAUUCUCAAUCACCCUGGCAAAAUCAAAAGUGGUUACUCUCCAGUGCUGGACUGCCAUACCACCCAUGUGACCUGUAGCUUUGCAGAGCUGCAGGAGAAGCUUGAUCGUCGCACAGGGAAGAAACUGGAAGACAUUCCUCCUUUCUUGGUCUCUGGGGAUGCUGCCACAGUCAAAUUUGUUCCCAUCAAACCCCUCUGUGUGGAGAGCUUCUUCAGCUAUCCACCUUUAGGGCGGUUUGCAGCAAGGGACCUGAAGCAGACUGUUGCUGUUGGGGUGAUCAAGUCAGUGGAGAAGGUGGAUCAAGCAAGAAGGACUGCACAAAAAGCUCAAGUAUUAAAAUGAGUUGAUCAUUUAGACCUUAUUACAU